CGAAUGUUGGAAAUGCUUUCAGUGUGGAUUUUCCUUUGUUAUCCUCGUAUCGGCGACGAUCAGUAACGAACAAAAAGAAAAAAAGAAACUCGUGAACGAUCACCUACACAAAGACCGGUUUCUUACCUGACUAUGAUCGUAUAUUAUUAGUUGCACAUGAUCAUUCUCAAGGUACUGUUACCGGCAACAGUGAAUUAAACAAAUGGUUGUAGUUUUUCUUUCGACGUAAUUGUAUUUUAUCAAAUUAAAUAUUUUGUCCUCUUAUUACAUUACAACGUGCACAAUGAAAGAGUUUUGUUUAAUUUAUAUGCGUUUGAUAAAAUACAUAUAAUGGGUUAACUUUAUUUACGUAUUUUGUUUGUAUUUAGUUAUUACGUAUGAUUUUAUAAAAGUGGCAAAAGUAACACGUAAUAAUUAUUGAAAGAUAUAUUUAUCGUUUAUACAUUGUUUAGUUAUUUGAAUAUCGUUAAAAAGAUAUAAAAAUGUUAUCGCAAGACUCUAUAUCUUUGUCUUUACCUGAUACACAAAAUGUAGACGCUUUGACUCUCACACAGUCUCAAGAUUUACCUGUUUCUCAACAAAAAGCUGUGACUAUUUGGGGAAGAUUAUGCCCAAACAAGCUGUUUUUCAAACCAUUAGAAAUGACUAAGGACGAAUACACUCUCGGACGUGCCGAGAGUUGUGAUAUUUGUGUUAAUUCUCUAGAAAUAAGAGCUAAGUGGGUUAGUGUAAUAAGUAAAGUGCACUUUAGGAUAAUCAGAGAACGUAUCGGUGGAAAUGAUAACGAUUCAGUAGUAUACUUAGAAGAUCUUAGUCAUAAUGGAACUUUUGUUAAUAAAGAAAGAGUUGGAAAUCGCAAACGUGUAGUAUUAGAAAGUAACGAUGUGAUAUCUCUAGCACAACCUCAUUUUGCAGUAUAUAUAUUCAUGAGUACAACUGCAUUUGAGGGUAAUGAUUUACCUAUGGAAUUGAAGAGCAAAUAUGCAGUUUCACGUAAAUUAGGCUCGGGUGCUGGUGGAGAAGUAAAAAUGGUAUUUACUAAAAAUGGUUGUAAAAGGUUUGCAAUGAAAACUAUAGUUAAAGCAACGAGUACUUCGAAUGGAUAUAGGCACCCCUUAAAUGAUCCUGAAAAAGUUAUGAAUGAAGUGAGGAUUUUAAAAUCUUUGAGGCAUCCUUGCGUGAUUAGUUUGGAAGAAAUUGUAGAUACUCCAAGCACUGUGUAUAUUGUUCUUGAAUUAAUGGAAGGCGGAGAACUCUUUCAAAGGAUAACAAGCAGAGGUAGAUUGACAGAAAAUCAUGCCAAAUUGAUAUUUUAUCAAGUUGUACUGGCAGUUAAUUAUCUACAUGAUUCUGGUAUCACUCAUAGGGAUCUAAAACCUGAAAAUAUAUUGCUGGCAAGCAAUGCAGAUGUGACUUUAGCUAAAGUCUCAGACUUUGGUCUAUCAAAAUUAGUAGACGCGCAAACCAUGAUGAAAACAUUUUGUGGAACACCAAUGUAUGUAGCACCUGAGAUAUUAUCAACAAGUGGACGUGACUCAUAUACAAACAAAGUGGAUAUCUGGAGUUUAGGUGUAAUUUUAUAUGCUUGUUUAAGUGGAUCAGUUCCAUUUAACGUUACGUGUAAAGAAGUUUCUUUACAAGAUCAAAUAAAAAGAGGUCUUUAUGGAUUUCCAAGUUCUAAAUUUGGACAAGUGUCGGAUAAAGCUAUCGAUUUGAUCAAGCGUAUGAUGACAGUAGACCCUAAAAGACGAAUUACCAUUAAGCAAGUAUUGUUACAUCCUUGGCUACAGGAUCGUUAUAUUCGUAAUACUGUACAUUCUUUAUUUAAUUACGGCAAUGAAGAAAACUGCCCUCCAGUUAAUUUACCCACAGAUAAUAAAUAUAAACAUGGCUCGCAUGCAGGUUUGAUAAAACGACCAAGAAUAGAAUUCUAAAUAUUUUGACCAAAUAUAGCCUACUAGCGGGUCUAUGUAAUGAUAAGUACAAAUAUAAUAAUAAUAAUAAAGUAAAAAUAAAAAAAUAUUGACUUUUUUAAAAUAAAGAAAAUUAUGUUAAUUCCGUGCGCAAGGAAUAGCGUAAUACGUGUUCAUUUUUCUAUUAUCAAAUGAUUUUGUUAUUAUAUAUUUAUGUUCUUUUCAUACAUAAAUAGUAUUAAUUUACAUAAAUAUAGUAGUGUAUAUAAUGUCUAAUAUAAAGAAGAACAAAUUUACAUGCAACAUAUAAUACAAUCACAUUUUUCAUUAACACUAUAUGUGCUCCUAUAUUUGUAAUUUAUGCUGUUGAUUUUUUCAAUAAGGAUUUGUCUACGAUUUCUAAUUCAUGUGUUUUAUUUUAACAUAAUAUCAUGUCAAUUGAAGUACAUGUUACGAUUCCGACAUUAGAAAAGAAGGUUUUCUGACAUUUUGUUAUUUGAUUUGCGCAUAUAUUUUUAAUUAAUUCAAAAAUAUAAUCUAACUUUAUAAAGAUUUUUGUUCAUCAUGACAUAGAAGUAAAAUAUCUUGUAUUAUUUCAUUAUAAACAAUUUAAACAAAAUUUCACAUUAUAGUAUACGAGCAUUUAUGGCAAUAAAUUUGUUUUGUUGCGA